UCUCGAGCAUUGCACUCAAUUGUACUUUUCUCGUGCGUAUUACGCAUAUCUGCGCACAAAAAAAAAAAAGGCGCGAAUAUCUGUUUCACCCUACGAAUACCCUACUACAGAAGGCUUCUAUCACCUCUGCUCGAUCUUCUCAUUUCAAUCUUUAUCUCUGUUAAAAAAAACCUAAUUUCUCGUCGGAAAGAAAAGAAGAAGAAGAGAUUCAGAUCAUUGUGUAGAGAGAGAUGCCGCAGGUGAGGAUCAUCGCGAAGAAUUUCAUGGAUAUGGUCGCAGCUCUUCCGGCCAUGAAGCUCGACAAGCUCUACGAAAAUGCCUUUAUCUGCGAAGCUGUUCUUAGGUCUUUGCCACCUCUUGCGAAGAAAUAUGUUUUACAAAUGUUAUACAUGGUUGUUCCAAUAACCGGCAAGUCAAUGGAAGAAUGGGUGCUUUCAGAUGGGUUCUCUAAGCACAAAGUUGCAGUGGAUAGGUUAUUGCAGCUGCGAAUAUUUCUUGAAGUUACUGACAGGAAAAAGGAAACCAGUUACAGAUUGAAUCCCAAGUUUCAGGAUAAUCUACAGAAGUAUUUGGUAUAUGGUGGAGCUUUACCGAGAGAAGCAAUGCCUUCAAACAUCACUGUGAGGCUGCCGAGCUUGGAGGAUCUAGAGGCCUAUGCCCUUGAGCAAUGGGAGUGCUUCUUGCUGCAACUUAUCAACUCAUCCCACGUGGAACGGCCAACAAACUUCAGCUCUUCUGUGAUGAGAGUCUUCCAGCGAGGCCUUUUGAGUGCUAGGGAAAAUGAAACUCCAAAACUAACUGAGAAUGGUUUCCAGUUCUUGCUGAUGGAUACCAAUGCACAACUUUGGUACAUAAUCAGAGAGUACAUCUCUUCUUCCCAGGACCGAGGUGUGGAUCCGACAGACCUGAUUUCAUUUCUACUAGAGCUUAGCUUCCAUGUCUUGGGUGAGGCAUAUAAUUUGAGCACCCUGACUGAGGUUCAGAAAAAUGCUGUCAGAGACCUGGCUGACCUGGGAUUGAUUAAACUUCAGCAGGGUAGGAAAGAAGGUUGGUUUAUUCCUACUAAGUUGGCUACCAAUCUUUCAGUGAGCUUGUCAGAUACAUCAUCACGCAAACAGGGAUUUGUAGUUGUGGAGACAAACUUUAGGUUGUAUGCUUAUUCAUCAUCUAAAUUGCAUUGUGAGAUCUUACGCCUUUUUGCAAGGGUAGAAUAUCAACUUCCAAACCUUAUAGUUGGAGCUAUAACAAAAGAAAGUUUGUAUAAUGCUUUUGAGAAUGGCAUUACGGCAGAGCAGAUAAUUUCUUUUCUUCAGCAGAAUGCACAUCCUCGUGUUGCGGAGAGGACCCCUGCAGUACCAGAGAAUGUUACAGAUCAGAUUAGGCUGUGGGAAACAGAUCGAAAUAGGGUCGAUAUUAUUCCUUCGCAUCUAUAUGAAGAUUUCCCAUCCAAGGAGGUUUUUGAAGCUGCCUCUGACUUUGCAAGGGAAGUCAGUGGGUUGCUGUGGGAAGACACAAAGAACAUGCGACUGAUAGUCCGUGGAGAACUGCACCAAGACAUGCGUGACUUCCUCCGCCGUCAGAAAUGAUAUAUAAGCAACUUCCUCCGCUGUCAGAAAUGAUAUAUAAGAAAAUGCCAUGGUAGAAAAGAAAUGCAACCACUUGCAUCAGUCUUCAUCCACUAGGUGCUUGCAUGAAAUUUGGGCGGGGCUCUUAUCAGUUUCAGCGGUGCAUAUGAAAAGCAAUAGCAAGAAACUUCCAAAUCCAAGUCCACAGAUGAAUUUUUUUCCCAAGGAUCAAGAAGUGACUGAAACCAACAUGAAUGCAAAAAAUCCAAUACAGGCAACGAAAUGAAGAAAAUAAAAUGUUUCACGAGUUCUAAUGCUUUUUGUAUGCAACGUGGACUCGAAACUAUUACAAUCAGUCUGUAGUAAUGCAGAUUAGCAAGUUUGUAUUGCCUCAUCAAAUAGUAAUUAUGAUAAUUCUUAUGAUUUCGAAUAAAUUCACUUAGUUCAGUAA